AGGUGGAGGAGCCCCGACAGCACAGGAGACAACAGGUGCAGCAGGCAUGGACGGGCCAGAGCCCUCAGACAGGCUGGGAGGAGAGGAAAAUGAGGUUUUACUGAAGUAAUAGGCGAUGGAGACGAAAUUAAAGACUGGAAAUCCACACAAACUGGAGGAUGCUGACAGAUUUCAUAGGAAAGAGGAGGCACCGUCCCUCAGAGGAACAACUGGAUGCCCAUCAACUGACAUACAAGCGCUUCAGGAGGCGGAUCCAAAGGAACAGCAGAGAGGGUCCGGCUGCCAGUACACCAGUGGCCACUUGGCGGCAGCAAAGCUUCGAGUUUGAUCCAGUCUGUCAGCAGCUGCAGCUGGAUUCUCCACCAAAGGACCAUGAAUCAGCACAGACAGUCCUUCAGGGAAGCCCUCAAGAGGCAGCACUGGUUCAAGGUGUGUCCCACUGUGAGGCUUUUAAACCAUCGAACACAACACGCUGUGUCGCUGCCAGCAGACUGCCUGCCGUAAUAAAUGCCACUGAACAGGAAUGGGUGUGGACAGCUGCAGGAAAAGAACGCAGAAUAUCACAGCAGGCUGGUUCUGAUGACAGAAGACAUGAUUUGCAGCCAUUUGACAUCUUGAACGAAGCCCCUGUGACUCUGCAGGGAAAGUCAGUGAUGAAGUUGGGGGCGCCAUCGCUGCUGAAUGAUUACUACACUAAUCUCCUCGACUGUAGUUGUGAUGGUUUGGUUGCAUUAGCUCUGGCCUCCUCCGUUUACAUUUGGAAUUCAGAAACUCGUGCCCUGGUGGGACAUUUGGAUCCACAACUAGGACAUACCCACCGUCAGUCCAUCUCAUCUCUGUGCUGGAGCAGAGACGGCAGAACUCUCUGCAUCGGGACCAGACGAGGGCAGAUACAGCUGUGGGAUGUUGAACAGAAGCAGAGCAUGAGAUGUCUGCUGUCGCACCUGUCUGUGGUCGCAGGCCUUUCCUGGAAGCAGCAGUUACUUAGCAGCGGCUCUGUUCUGGGACACAUCCAUCACCUCGACCCUCGGGCCUCUACACCUCUAGUGGGCGUAGCCGUCCAGAAGGAGGCGAUCUGCAGCCUGCAGUGGUCACCGGAGGACAACUGGUUGGCCAGCGGCUCCACGGAGGGUCACCUGCAUAUCUGGGAUGGUGACAUCACAGGUGUCAAAAGGUCACGUCAGCCAAUCGCUACAAUGAAACAGCCCAGCGCUGUUAAGGCGAUGGGAUGGUGUCCAUGGCAGAGACAGGUGAUCGCUACAGGAGGAGGAUGGAAAGAUGGAGAGCUGAGAAUCUGGGACACACUUUCAAGCUCUUGUUUGACGUCGAUCAGCACAAAUUCACAGAUCUGUUCCCUUCGAUGGGCUGAAAAGAAGCGAUAUCUGAUCACAAGUCACGGCCUCCCUCAUCACCAAGUCGCCUGCUGGAGGUGGGAGUUUCCCUCCAUCAGCCCGAUCAACCAGCUAACAGGUCAUUCUCAUCGAGUCCUGCACUUGGCCGUAAACCCUGACAACACUCAGAUCUUCUCCGCUGGAGCAGAUCAGCGCUUUCACAGCUGGGAUCUGUAGUUAUUAACAUGACUGCUGAAUGUUGUUGGCGUCUGGUCCGACCUGUGUGAAAUCUCUAUCCACAUACAUAUUGAUUAAAUAUUGCUCGCUUUCUUCUUUCUUUCUUUCUUUCUUUCUUUGUAAGAAACUGCUCACUUCCUGCCCUCCACACUUCACUUAACUAACCACAAUAUCAAGCUGUCUUAUCAUCAGUCCACAUCAGCUGUCAGGCUUCAUGUCUGACAAGAUAUUUAAAUUUAUAAAGAUAUAACAGAAACAAUGCAUUAUUUAACACUUACACACAGUUUUACUGAAUAUUGUGCAGGUUUCAAUAGUGAUAGUGUCUUCUUCAGCCAAAUCGCACUUUAGUCAUAAAAAAUGUCUCAGCAUCGGUCAUUUAUAAUCUUGUCACAUCAUCACAAAUAUGUUUUAUAUAAGUGAUUCAAGCAACAUUUGAAAAAUAUCGAUGUCGCACUUGCAUUAUGUUAACAUCUGAAAAUACAUUUUUGCAAAGUAACCUAAUGGAAAACAGCAUUUCAACACAAACCAACACUUUUACCAACUGAAUUAAAAUGUGGGAAUCUUAUUUUAUCCUUGUUUAA